AACAUUGCUUCACCAACACAGCUGAGCUCAGAAGUACCAACACGAGCAGCAGAAUCGGACGUACGAUGGUUUUCUAGAUGACAGACCUAACAUAAACACACAUUUUCUUACUCAUCAAAACAAUAUCACAGUCAUUCUUACUCUCGGGAGAACCGGGGAAGAAGGAUGAUGGACGGAGGAAUGUUAAUCUCACCGCCGAAUCUCCAGGAUCAGGGAGAUGGAGCGAAACCCGCAGACAACAGCGUGGAUUGUACGGACGAGGACGAUGAAAUGUCUUUGCAGGAGAUUUUAACAUUGUACAGUCAGCCGAUCAACGAGGAGCAAGCAUGGGCCGUGUGUUAUCAGUGCUGCAGGUGGUUAACGCAGAAACGGAGACGGAAAGAGGCAGGUGUGAGUCCACCUGGACGCAUCGCGGGUCCCGAAGAUGUAAGGAUCCAAAAAGACGGAACUGUUAAACUGGUCCAACAGAGCGGUCCAGAUAAACCCAUAACGCCCAGCACAUCAACAGAGAUCAUAGAGUCUCUGGGUAUUAUGAUCUAUAAGGCUCUGGAUUACGGCCUGAAGGAACAUGAGGAACGAGAACUAAGUCCUCCUCUGGAGCAGCUCAUCUAUCUCAUGACCAACAUAGCGGAGACAGAGAAGGACCCCUGCCCUGAUGAAGGCUAUGAGGCAACGGAGGAAGAGGAUGAGGGAGAAGGAGAUGAAGAGCCUGCAGAUGUCUCUAACAUCCAUGGCUAUCGUGACAUCAUGUCUCUUUGCACAUCUCACCUUCCCAGCCAAUCAGAUUCUCUUGACCACUACCAGGCCGUAUGUCGAGCCCUGUAUGCCGAGACCAAGGAGCUGCGCAGCUUUCUGGAGAAGAUCAAGAGUGCCAGAGAGAAUUUGCGAAGAAUGGAAGGAGAAACCUCAGAGGAGCCGGUCAGAGACCUGAACGAGCUGCAGAACGCUGACUGGGCAUGUUUCUGGGUUCAGGUGAUGAGGGACCUGAGGAACGGGGUUAAGCUGAAGAAGGUGCAGGAGCGUCAGUAUAAUCCUCUGCCUAUCGAGUUCCAGCUGACACCUUACGAGAUGCUCAUGGAUGACAUCCGGUCCAAGCGUUAUAAACUUCGUAAGGUUAAGGUGAAUGGUGAUAUUCCUCCAAGGUUAAAGAAAAGCGCUCAUGAGAUGAUACUGGAGUUCAUUCGAUCCAGACCUCCUCUGAACCCUGCUUCUGCUCGUAAGCUAAAGCCUCAUCUUCCACAACCUCCAAGUCUUCAUGAACGCAUCCUGGCGGAGAUCCGAUCAGAGAGGAAGCUCAGGCCUGUCUCUCCCGAUAUGAUCCGCAGGAGUCGACUGGGUUAGUAGAUUUCCACACGUUCACUCCUGUAAACGCACAUACUUGUUUCAGUAAGCGCAUAUAAUAUUUUUUUCCAAAAUACGUACUGUAGUACACACAUUUUUAUGUUAAAUGGAUUUGUACAAUACAUCAAACAGCAUUUUGUUUUGAUAGUUAACAAUCAUUGUGUUGUUGCAGACACAUUUGACUUUCUCUUUCCCAUUGCUUUCUCUUUAUAAAAAAAGUGAAUGGGGACAGGGUCUUUCAAGUCCCAAAAUGUCAAAGAGGCACUGUAAUGUAUCAUGCUAUAUUCCCAGGUCUUUUGAAGCCAUGCACUAGCUUUGUGUGAGAAAGAGCCGACAUUAUUUACUUAACAUCUUCCCUUUUAUGUUGCUAUUUGUCUUUUGGGUCUUGACAGCCCCAGUCCCCAUUCACUUUCAUGAGAUGUUAAAAAAAUACCAUGAUAUUUACCGCAACAGUUCAAACAAGUCAUGCUGGUUUAAAACAAUACGAGGGUUUAACCCAAAUAUCAUACAGUAUAUACGCAUGGCAGGAGGUGAGUAUGUAAAGCUAAAACCAGGAUUGAAUCUCUCUGGAUGGCUGAAUAGAUAUUAAACAGCAUUGCAGAUCUGUUGUAGUGUCACUCGCAUGCAUGACUGCUUUUGUCUUCUCUAACAUGACUAUCUGCAAUGCAACUUCCUCUGUUUCCUCUUAACUUUACCCAUUUUAAUAUUUGUAACUUGAGAUUCAUGUCUUGGAUUGAUCCGUUUUGUUAUGUGACAGUAGAUUCAUAAACAUGAACUCUAUUGUCAUUGACAAGGUUAAAGUCAGGGCACAUAGUCAUCGUAGUGCUCUGCAUUUUUAAUACUAUACAAAUUAAAGAUUGUAAGGUUUAAAAUAUUUAUUUACAGUGUGUAUAAAUGAAGACUAGUUAUAAAUAAAGGUUUAGUGAGGUUUUACAAUUAUGCAAGCACAUCUUGUAUAGGGAUGUCCCGAUCAGGUUUUUUUGCCCUUGAGUCCGAGUCAUUUGAUUUUGAGUAUCUGCCGAUACAGAGUCCCGAUCCGAUACUUCUAUAAUACAUAAAAACAGAAUAAAAAAAGAGCGAAAAACAGAUCCAAGAUGUUCCUUAUGUCAUGCCGCACGCGUUGCUGUUUCUGUGUGGAGUCAAAAGAGUCUAACUCUGUGCCAGCGCAUAACUAUUGAUGUGUUAAAAAAACAAUCAGAAUAUAUAUAGUAUAUAUGUUCAGGGGUUAAAUUGGGGUUUGUUUUUUGGGGAUGCUCUGUUAGGAGGGAGGGUUCGAGGGGUAACAUGUUUUAUCCUGAUGACAGCAAAGCCACUGGUGUGUUUCAAUGACAUUUUGGACCUAUGAUAAGAUUUUAUUAGUUUCAGCUUUAAAGCUGUGCCACAUGUUGACCCAAACUUUAAAACCUGAACUUUAAAUUAUGCAAAUCUAUGAGUCUGACACCCUAUAUGCAUUUGUUGCACAUGUCAUUAUGCACAAUUGAUCAAACUUUGAAGGAAGUUAUAAGACUCAACCUCCUUGACUAAUUCUAGGCAUAAGAUAGGCUACCCAAAAAGACUCAAUUAACAAGAAAAACAACAUACUGAUUCAGCAAUAUGUCUUAUAAAUUAGCCAUAGAGAUUCCCUAAGCUGGUCAGCAGUUAGUUAAACAAUCACUAUAGUUAGGUCGUAAUUGAUUUGUAUAAUCAAAAUACAUUAUUUUAUUAAACUAUACAAUACGUUGUAUCCAGUUAUCUAGUUAACAUAUUGUAAUAAGAUGAUUGACAUGGCUUUACAUACUUUGUUUCUA